UGUGCUCCUACAUGCAGCUUCUGUUGCCAGGAGCUUGCAGCCUUUGAUUGGCAGAGAGUUGUGCCGAUGGUUCUGUAGUCCCUCCCCCACAUCCUCCAGCCCACAGACAGUCAAGGCUAUUAUGAAGGGAAAUAUGUUGCUCCGGCACAGCCUCUUUCUAAUUCAACGUGCUCAGCCUUCAGCAGGGAAAACACCAUUCUGAAAGGGAUUUGUUACCUUCCAGCCCAGCCCCCUCCACUCUUCCUUUUACAGAAACUUGUGUGAUACUUGGCACUGUGGUGUCACCGCUGUAGGCUCCUCUAUGGAUUUUGCUGAGAUGCACAACCAGCUUUUAAACCCUUUGAAAUGAGCUGUGAUCACAUUUCCUGGUUUUCACAUUUCAUCUGAGCCCUGUUUGUGGAGCACGGAGGAAACUGAAUGAACAACUGGACAUCUGGAAAUAAGGCGCUUGUGGAGUAUGGGUACAACUGCCAGUGCAGCUCAGCAGGUGCCCUCAACAGUGCCCUCUAGUGAAAACGUUCAGGGUAAUGGAAGUGGAAGCUCAAAUGUUGAAGAUCGCAAUUCCCUGAGCACACAGUCAUUUCAGAAUGUCAGCAUCCACAACAAGGCAAAGUCAAUAAUCACCAAUAAGGUGGCACCUGUAGUAAUCACGUAUAAUUGCAAAGAAGAGUUUCAGAUUCAUGAUGAUCUACUCAAAGCUAAUUAUUCAGUUGGAAGAAUUUCAGAGACAAUGCCAGAACACUAUCUUGUCCAGGGUAAAUAUUUUAUGGUACAUGACGUAUAUAGCAAAUUGGAUGUGUUAAACACUACUAGUAGUUGUGGUGCGCCGAACUUUCGCCAAGCAAGAGGAGGAUAUGAAGUUUAUGGAAUGGGCCAGCCCAGCUUAAAUGGCUUCAAACAAGUGCUGCAAAAGCUUCAGAGCAAUGGCCACAAGGAAUGUGUCUUCUUCUGUGUGCGUGAGGAACCUGUACUGUUCUUAAAGUUGGAGGAUGACUUUGUGCCUUACACUCCCAGGAGGAAGGAGAAUUUGCAUGAAAACUUGCAUGAUUUAGAGAAAGGACUGCGUGCAGAAAAUCUUGAGCUUGCCAUACGGAAAGAGCUGCACGACUUUGCCCAGCUCAGUGGAAACAGUUACUAUGUAUACAACGAUAUUGAACAUUUUAAAGACGAACCACAUUCGAUUAUAAUCCACUGUGAAGAAGAUAUCCAUGUCACAGAGGAGGUGUAUAACAGGCCUGUAUUUUUACUGCCAGCAUACAGGUACCAUCGCCUGCCCCUUCCUAUGGAUGGUGCUCCCUUAGAAACUCAGUUUGAUGCAUUUGUAAAUAUUCUCAGGGAAAAUCCAAGUCUUUUGCUACUCCAUGAUGCCAGCCACCCACCACCUGCCCUCUUGUUUAGCUGCCAGACGGGAGUGGGCAGAACUAACUUAGCCAUGAUUCUGGGAACACUGGUUCUGUAUCACCGGAAAGGAGCCUGUGAGAAGCAAACCAUCUCCCAGGAUACAAAUGUUUUGCCAAAGCAACGUUUUCAGGUUAUCCAGAAUUUUAUCAACAUGGUACCAAAUGGAGAAGCAAUAGUUGAUGAGGUUGAUAAAGCUAUCGAGUUAUGCUCAGAAAUGCAUGAUAUUAAAGCAGCACUGUAUGAGUGUAAAAAGAAGCUGGAAGGCAUAGGAGAAGGCUACCAAAUUCAGGGAAGUUCGACCAAAGAAUAUUUUCUCAAAGGAACCCUCCAUAGUUUGGAGCGAUAUUUUUAUUUAAUAACUUUCAACUAUUACCUUCAUGAGCAGUACCCCUUGGCUUUUGCACUGAGUUUCAGCAAGUGGAUGUGUACGCAGCCGUGGAUCUACAGAUUGCAAGCAAGCCUCAAUCUGUCUGAGCUCACUUUAUCAGGAGAACUUAUAACAAAGGGAACCCGUGUUUUAGUACUGGAUGAUCGGUUCUCUCCUGAUGUGCUAAGUACCCUGAAAGAGAUGAACGUAGCUAAUUUUAGAAGAGUGCCCAAAAUGCCAGUCUAUGGUACUGCACAACCAAGCUUGAAGGCUACAGGUAGUGUACUCAGUUAUCUGACAGAUGCAAAGCGGAAGUAUUCCAACAUUCUGUGGGUAAACCUUCGAGAAGAUGUCAUACUGGAAGCAAAUGAACAAAUAUUCACCCCACGUGAACCAGAUAAUUUGGAGCAACAAAUUGCAGUGCCUGCAGCUUCACCAGAGCAACUAGAGAAAUUGGAGGCCACAGUUGCAAACCAUGUCCUCACUUCCCAAAAGUGGCUUGAAGUCUACCUUGAACAAGAGAAGCAAAUGAAAAUGUUCAAAACCUGUCGGACUAUGCAGGAGAUUUUCAACCAACAUAGAAGUGCCUAUCCAGGUUUGGUGUACAGAAGGAUUCCCAUUCCGGAUUUCUGUGCACCCAGGGAACAGGAUUUUGACAUGCUUCUGCAGUCCAUGAAGAGCAUGCUAGCAGAGGACUCCAGUGCAGCCUUUGUCUUUAACUGUCAUGGUGGCAAAGGAAGGACAACUACUGCUAUGGUCAUCGCUGUGCUUACUCUCUGGCAUUUUAAUAGCAUUCCUGAAAUUACUGAGGAUGAAAUUGUAAGUGUGCCAGACGCAAAAUACACCAAGGGAGAGUUUGAGGUUGUGAUGAAGAUUGUGCAGCUUUUGCCAGAUGGGCACAAAAUAAAGAAGGAAGUAGACAUGGCUCUUGACAGUAUUAGUGAAACCAUGACUCCUAUGCAUUACCACUUGCGAGAAAUCAUUAUUUGCACCUAUAGACAGGUUAAAACAGCUAAGAAUUCAAAGGAAAUGAGACUUCUCCAGCUCAGAAGCCUUCAGUACUUGGAGCGAUACAUCUACCUAAUCCUUUUCAAUGCCUAUCUGCACUUGGAGAAGAAGGACACUUGGCAAAGGCCAUUUAGCACCUGGAUGUAUGAGGUGGCAUCCAAAGCUGGGGUUUAUGAAGUGCUGAAUCAGCUGGGAUUUAGUGAAUUUGAAAAUGCAGAAGAACAGCCACUAUGCCGGCUGCGUUAUCGCUGGCAACAGCAAAACACCAACCUGCUUCCAUUCCGAGGAGAAUUUAUUUAGGAAAACUGCAACCCUCACCAAGAUAUUGCAGCAGACGAAUGCCUAACGGGACUUGGAUCAUGUAAUCAAAGAAUGGACACAAAAAAACUGCCAGCCAAGAUAUUUUACAGGAAUUUAUUGAUAAUAAAAUAAAUGAUCAUUUUAGAAAAGUCCUUAAUUGGAAUAGAUGAUGGAAUGUCAUAAUGAGAAGGAGAAUGUUGAUUCUUUCACCAGUUUAAAGCAGCACAUUCCACCAAAGUAUGCUUCUUGUUUUUUUAUGUUCUGUAGAUUGCAUUUUAGCAAAUAUGGUAAGAAGAUAUUGUUAUAGAUUUUUUUAAAGUUCGAGUUGUAUUUUUGAUACAGUUCAGCUACAAAGGAAGAAAACUGAGUCAUGGAACUGAGCAUUUGUAUGACAGUCCACUGAACGUCUGGGCUUUAUAACAGUAGAAAACAAACUCCAGCCCAUAAGGACAAGCAACAGAGUCAUUUCAUUGAGUAUACUGUCUGUUACUUUUUGUUUCAUAUAGAGCUCUGUUUGGUACUUCUUUUAUUUCUGGUCCUUUAGAGGUUAGCUUUCAUUUCAAAUGUUUUCCUUGUCAGCAGCUUGGUUUAAGCUUUUGGUUACAUAUGGACACACAAAGGAAAAAAACAAAGAUCAUAUCUUGCUGUUCAGUGAUCUAUCCACAUAUUCUCAGGGUAGGUAGGCUAGACUGAAAGCUUGCACUGCUUGUGUUGUAGUAUCAGUUUGCAAGGCAGCACGCAGGUUAGCGACUAUAAUACAACUAGACUGAGUUCUGAAUAUUGGGUUCUCUUAUACGCUGAUGUGCUCUUCAGUUGUGAUUUCUGUGUAUGUGAUCCAGUUUAGUCCAAGGUUACUGUAUACUUCAUCUUCAGUCCAGCAAACUCAAUGGGAUUACAUAAAACACACUGCAAAGCAAGUCAUUAAAUUAGAUUAUUUAAGGUGGUCAUACACAGGCUUAUAAAAGAGUUGGCAGCUUAUCAGCCUGUGUAUGUGGCCCUCAGACAGGCCUACCUGACUGAUAUCUGGCCGAAAAUCGAGGUGAGAAGCAUAUCUGCACAUUGAUGUCCUAUUCCUGACGGCCAGUAUCCCAUCAUUAUUAUGAUCCAAUCAUUUAGCCCUCUGUCCAAAAUAUCAGCUCGCUCCAAUAUUGCCCACCUCGUCUAAUAAGCGGAUCUUUUCAUGUAUGGCCACAUUAACUCACAUUUUAUUAUAUUACCAUUCCCAUACAAGGUAAAACUGUGUUUGUAAAGGGCUAACUAUAAAUACAAUUCUUUCCUGACAUAUUUCUUGGGAAGUACUUUGUUCUUUAUUGCUUUGCUCUUAGAUUAUCAUACCAGUGUCAUUAAUGUUUUCCUAAAUUGUCAUUUUAUAGUUCCUUUCCACUGAGGCUGUUUUGCAGUUCCCUGCUGCUCAAGCACAAGUGCUGCUAGAAAUUCAUACUGAUAGUUUAUAGUACCUUCCUUUUAUAUGCAAACUGUAAAAAUAACAUACAG